AUGUAUCAAAAAGCAACCAGAACUGGUUCAAAUUUGGGAAGAAUAAGUGAUUUGCCGGACGAGUUAUUGGUCGAGCUUUUGUCAUUCGUUCCGACAAAAGAAGCCGUGGCGACAAGUGUUUUGUCCAAAAGAUGGCGUCCUGUUUGGAAACUGUCUCUAAACCUUGAGAGAGAUUGUGUAGAGCUAUGUGCUAUAUGCUCUCUCGAUUAUUUUCCUUUUAUACUAAUGCAAAGCUCUAAACUGCGAGUUCUCAGGUUCAAACAACAAAGAUGUUGCUGCAGUAACCUUUUAAGAGAAAAGUGGAAGGAACCGAAUUUUGUGCCUCUAAGUUUGCGUAGGAGUCUGGAAGCUGUUGAGUGGAUUGGGUAUAAAGGAAGAAAAGAAACAGAGAUAGAAGCGGCGAUCUACAUCUUACAGAAUGCAUGCAACCUAAAGACGAUGGAUAUUACAUCCUCAACAUCCAACACGUUUCAAGACAAUACUAACAUAAUGGUUGACUUAAAUCUCAUCCUGACGAAUUCUCCGGACUGCUGGGUUUCAAUUAAACCUUGA